GCCAGGGCUGGAGGCAGGCGCGCUCGGCGGGCGCCACCGUCUCAUCAGGGGAGCGGGGGCUGCCCCGGGUGCGGGUGAGUGGCGCGGCACCAAGCCACAAGGGACGGAGGGGCACCGGACACGCGGGAAACAGCGGGACAGACAGGAGGGGGCCGAGCUUUUGCUCCCGUAGUCUCGUGGCGGGCCAGGCGCGGAGCCCAGAGUAGCGAGCAAUCUACACCUCCAGGCGGGAAGCCCAGGGAAGGAGCUGCGAGACACCAGGCGUGCGGCCCAGGAGCCGCGGGGAAACGGGAGCCGCUGGGGCACAAGAGUGGGAACGUCAGGACCCUCGGCUGCAGCCGCCCACGCGCGGAGGGAGCCACACCAGAGCACCAGCGGGGCCCAGAGCCCGGCGGGGCGCGGGAACAGGGGCGCCCCCGUGCGGAGCUGCUGGGCCGCCUGGGAGCGGCGGCCAGGGCCAUGCUCAAGCCCAAGGACCUGUGCCCCCGAGCGGGUACGCGCACCUUUCUGGAGGCCAUGCAGGCGGGUAAAGUGCACCUGGCCCGCUUUGUACUGGAUGCGCUGGACCGCAGCAUCAUCGACUGCCGCGCGGAGCAGGGCCGCACGCCGCUCAUGGUGGCGGUGGGGCUGCCGGACCCCGCGCUGCGCGCGCGCUUCGUGCGGCUCCUGCUGGAGCAGGGUGCGGCCGUGAACCUGCGGGACGAGCGCGGCCGCACGGCACUCAGCCUGGCGUGCGAGCGCGGCCACCUGGACGCGGUGCAGCUGUUGGUGCAGUUCAGCGGCGACCCCGAGGCGGCCGACUCGGCGGGCAACAGCCCAGUGAUGUGGGCGGCGGCGUGCGGCCAUGGGGCGGUGCUCGAGUUCCUGGUGCGCUCUUUCCGCCGCCUCGGCCUGCGCCUCGACCGCACCAACCGAGCGGGUCUCACGGCGCUGCAGCUGGCAGCCGCCCGCGGCCACGGGACCUGCGUGCAAGCCCUCACCGGGCCCUGGGGCCGCGUGAAGACAUUCGAGUUUGAAGAGAAGUAA